AUGUCUCCGACCAAAUUGUUUAUUACUGGAGCCACUGGCUACAUUGGGGGAAGCGUACUAAACGGCAUUCAAGCCGCUUAUCCUGAGCUAGAAAUCACAGCUCUUCUCAGAAACCCUAAUGAUUCAUUCAAGGCGAGUCAUCCUGGCGUGAAAGUCGUCAAGGGAACUUUCGACGACUAUGAUGUCAUUGAGAAGGCUGCUGAAGCAGCCGGCAUUGUUCUUCAUGCUGGCAAUACCGACCACAUGGAAAGCGUCAAGGCAAUUCUUUCGGGAUUAUCCAAGAGAACGAAACAGAGCUUAUUGCUCCAUCUCACCGGAACAGCUUGCAUCUCAGAUGUGAAUGAAGAGGGUUGGGCAGGGAAGUUCAACCCUCGCGUUUGGAACGAUAUCGAUGACAUUGAUGAAAUCUAUAACAUUCCCGAGACUGUGAUCCACCGAGAUGUCGACAAGCUCAUCACUGAUGCAAAUAACGAUUUGUUGAAAACCAUCAGCAUCUGCCCACCAGAUAUCUACGGGCAGAAGAAAGGGGGCGGAACAACAGGCACAUAUCUGGUGCCUGAGUAUGUGAAGGCAAUUAUUGACCUGAAACAGGCUUUCUAUCUUGAUAAGGGCGAGAAUGUACGUGGAGUCACACAUAUUGAUGAUGUCGUGAGCCUUUUUGUUCUCAUUCUGGGUAAAUAUCUCCAAGGUGGCGAGGGCCUUGAUUACGGAAAAGAGGGCUUCUAUUUUGCUGCUGCAGAUGGCGUCAAGUGGAGAGAUGCUGCAGAGGCCAUUGCGAAGAUUGGCCACGAGCAAGGCUGGCUCCCGGAAGAGGCGCAAGCUGUUUCCCUGAGCCUAGACCAGGUCACGAGCUUGCAGUUCAAGCAUCCCCUAUUUACCCCAGCAUUCAUUCUUUAUAUAUGGUGCUCCAAUAGUAGGGCAGAGUCUGCACGCGCAAAGAAACUGGGUUGGCAGCCCAAAGGGCCAAGUUUCUGGGAGGCUCUUCCAGAAGACUGCAAGGUUGCGGCUAAGCAGUACGGCAAGGUUUAG